AUGACCGCACUGGACGAGAAGGCAGGUACAGAAAAGAUAUUGGACGAGACGGCGGUGGAGAAGGAGACGGUAGGGGUGGCUGAGUCGUAUAUGGAGUUGGAGAGCCAGGUUGGUGCUCACAAUUACCAUCCGAUGCCGGUGGUAUUGACUCGUGGCUCUGGGUGUAUGAUGGAGGACGUUGAUGGUCGUAUUUAUUUUGACUUUCUGUCGGCGUAUUCAUCGAUCAAUCAAGGUCAUGGGAACUCGCGGAUUGUGGAGGCGAUGAUCGCACAAGCUCGGCGUCUGGAUCUGACAUCGCGUGCGUUUUACAACGACCAGUUGGGGCUGGCGGAGAAGUUGCUUACGGAGACGUUUGGCUACGACAAGGCGUUGUUUAUGAACACGGGUGUGGAGGCGGUGGAGACUGCACUCAAGUUGGGUCGGCGGUGGGCCUAUGACGUGAAAGGGAUUGCGGCGAAUGAAGCGUUAAUUGUGGUUGCGGAGAACAACUUCCAUGGUCGGACUCUGGGCGUGAUUUCGUUUUCGAGCGAUCCAGAAAGUUUUAGUGGGUACGGACCGUUUUUGCCUGGUUUUUUGAAGGUGCCCUUCGGAGACAGCCAAGCCAUGAUCCAAGUGAUUAAAGAGAACAGUGAACGAUUGGCGGCGGUGCUGCUGGAACCCAUCCAAGGUGAGGCCGGAAUCGUGGUGCCUCCGGCGGGGUAUCUCAAGGCCGUCAGUGAGGCAUGUCGCGAGAACAACGUGCUUCUCAUACUCGAUGAAAUCCAAACCGGGUUUGGCCGAACUGGGAAGUUACUUUGUCACUAUUACGACGACAUUCGGCCUGACAUCAUAUGUCUGGGGAAGGCCCUAGGUGGCGGCGUCUACCCCGUCUCUUGCGUCCUCGCUGAUGAUCCAAUCAUGCUUACUAUUAGGCCCGGCCAGCAUGGAAGCACAUAUGGAGGUAACCCUAUUGGUAGUGCUGUUGCCGUGGCUGCGGUCAAGGAGAUAUUGGAACGCGACUUGUCCAAACAAGCUGCCGAAAAAGGGCUGGUGUUCCAAAAGCUUCUACAGUCAAUACAACACGACUUUCCACAUAUAAUCCAGGAAGUUAGAGGUCGCGGACUUUUAUGGGGUGUCGUGAUCUAUCCACAAUUCAGUGCCUGGCAACUCUGUCUACAUCUCAAAGAUCUCGGACUCUUAGCCAAACCGACUCAUGACCAUAUAAUCAGACUUGCACCCCCUCUCAUCAUCACCCAACCCGAGCUACACAAAGCCGCAGACAUCGUCCGUUCGGCUGUCGGCGAGUUGGAACCCUCACCAAAAUUAACUUUGUCUAAUUAA